AUGGAUGACGAAAACUCCGCGGUCCCAAAUCAUUUAAUAAACUUCAACGAACACGUCCAAGAGAAAGACAUUGAAAUAAAACUAGAACAUUUGAGUCACCAUCAAAAGGUUGAAAUAGAAAAACUUAUGGAUAGACACAAAUCAGUCUUCGCAAAAGACAAAUAUGACAUCGGCACGGUGAAAGAAUACGAGGCCCGCAUAGACCUAUUAGUAGACAAAUAUUGCAGUAAGAGGCCGUACAGAUGCACGAUAGACGAUAAAAAAGAAAUAGAAGAACAAAUAUCAAAGUUACUGGAUAGAAAGCUGAUAGAAGAAUCAUACAGUCCAUUUGCUGCGCCAGUAACUCUGGUAUUUAAAAAAGAAGAAAACAAAAAAUCGCGAUUGUGUAUAGACUUCAGAGACUUAAACAAAACAGUAGUGCCUCAAGCACAACCGUUCCCACUCAUCGAGGACUUGAUGCCGAUUUUAGAAAUAUUCGAUCAAAACUUGCCAAUCAACAUUUAUACAGACGCGUCCUUGGAAGGCGUUGGGGCUAUUCUAAAGCAAAAGCAGCCGGACGGAAAAGAAAAACCGGUGGCAUAUUACUCAAAAAAACUGAACGAAACUCAAAAAAAAACGAAAAGCUAUAUAUUUGGAAUGCCUGGCAAUCAAAGAAGCAGUGAAAUACUGGCAGUACUGGCUCAUCGGAAAAACCUUCACGGUAUACUCAGAUCAUAA